CGUGUGCCGUGCCGUGCCGACCGAGCGACCACCGAGCGGCCAGCGAGGCACCCCCGCUCCACGCACACACACAGAGACCCAGACCCGCACACACCAAGGCGUGCACGCAAUGAGGCCCUUCCUGCUCACGCCGGUGGGCGCCCAGCUCGCGUCGCCCCCCUCGCCGUCAACGCUCUCGCGACUGCUCCGCGCGCUCCACCUACAAAACCGCCAUGCUCACGCCAUCCCCGCCCCCACCUCCUCCUCCUCCUCGUCGCCCCUCCUCCACCCUCCCCGCCGCAGCACUAGCCGCCGCGGCGAUCGCUUCCUCGCCUCCUCCUCGCCCUCUCAGAUGGCCGCGCCUGCUGAUGCCCCCGGGGGAUCCGCGGACGCGUUCGAGGUGAUCCGCGCUCACCAGGUAAAAGCUGCCCGGCUUCCUCCUGUUGAAGAAAUACGAACUAUUCUGGACCAAAGUGUCCGAGGUGUUCUGGCUACCCAUUCUCAGGAACAUGUGGGUUAUCCAUCUGGUUCAAUGGUUGAUUUUGCGUGCGAUCAAGAUGGUUCCCCCAUAUUAGCAGUGAGUAGUUUAGCAGUUCACUCAAAGAAUCUCGCAGGAAGUACUAAAUGCUCACUUUUGGUUGCCAAAGACCCAGAGGACAGAAGAGAUACUGUAAUCACUGUAUAUGGCGAUGCUACACCUGUUCCCGAUGAAGAAAAAGAUGCAGUGAGAACUGCAUAUUUACGGAGACACCCUGAGGCCUUUUGGGUUGACUUUGGUGACUUCCGCUUUCUGCACAUCAAACCAAAAGCUGUACGUUAUGUAUCUGGGGUUGCAACAGCUAUCCUUGGCUCUGGAGAAUUUAGUGCUGCUGAGUUCAAGGAAGCAAAAGUGGAUCCUAUAUCUCAGUUCUCCGCUCCUAUUGCAGGUCACAUGAACAAGGAUCAUGCUGAUGAUACAAAGCUCAUUGUGCAACACUCAACGUCUGUUAAGGUGGAUUUUGCUUCUAUUCUGGAUGUGGAUAGCCUCGGUAUCAAUGUGAAGGCUGGUUAUGAUGGAACUGUUCUGAAGCUGCGAAUUCCCUUCCCUAGACGUGCGCAAGACAGAAAGGAUGUUAAGACACUUAUUGUGGAAAUGCUACAGGCUGCAAAGGCCUCAUCCUGACAUGCUGAAUGACCUCUUUGUUCUGGAACGCGGUGGCGGCGUCCAUGUAAAAAAGAAAGCCCUAGCCAUAAGAGCUUUCAGGUUGCUCUCCAGUCUCAGCGUCAGCGAAGAUGGAUGAUCCACAGAAAAUUCCAUGGUUUCAUACAUCAUUCAACACCAUUGUGACAGCGAACUUGUGUGAACUACUUCCAGUCAAACUUCAAGAAAUGCAAAGCGACUUGUAUAUUGUACUGAACUGUUUUGCACUCAUACACGACUGAAGUUGUUGUCAUGUCGGUCUUA